AUGUACUCUAGCGGUGCAGUGGCGAGGGUUUUAUAGAGCGGUGAAGUGUAUAGGAGUAAGAACUAAGCUGACACCAAUGGGGAGCACUGCGGUGGAGAAGACGGAGGAGGACCUCCGCAACGAGAUCGAUGAGCUUAUUCGCCAACAGCGUGAGAUAACGGAGAGGCUUCGAGAUCCGCGAGGGCUUCGCAGAGGUGCCUUGUCAGCUCCUGCUCUCCGCGCCAAUGGUCUUCGCCAACGACCCUUUCUUCGUCCUGGAGACAGGAAUGAUUCUGAAGAUCAACCCCCUGCCAAACGUCGACUUUCUUCUGCUGUGGUUAAGGUUGAUGAGGGGGAGUUGACUGAAGAUGCUGGUGCAGGACAGGAUGUAAAUAUACAGGAUUCAAACGGCGAAGGUGUUAAUGGGACUGGAGCAGUGGACCAGAGUGAUAGGAAGCCUUUAAAUUCUCACCAAAGUGGAUGGUCUAGGAGAGAUAGCAAUCAAAGAACUUCAAUGGUGGUAAAUGCAAAUGCUUCUGAGAUUCCUACCACAGAACUUGUUCCAAGGGUAUUGCCAAAGAAUGAGGAUCCGAGCUUGGUUAAUAGGAACAAAAGAAUGCUGGGUCAGCUUUUGGGAACUCUGGAGAAAUUCAGAAAGGAAGACUUGCAACUCUCAGGAACAGAGGCAUAUAUGCGAAGAUCUAAUUCUUUGCAAAGAGCUGAGCAAAGAGCACGUGAAGAAAGUGAAAGGCUUAGGCAAGAAGAGCGUGAACAGAUUGCGGAAAAACGGAGGAGAGACUUGACUCUUAGGGCACGUGUGGCCGCUAAGACAGAAGAAAAGAAAUUGGAGUUGCUGUUUCUUCGGUGGAGUGAGCAUCAUAAAAGACUAAGCAAUUUUAUAAGGACUAAAGCAGAGCCUCCAAUAUAUUAUUUGCCGAACAAGCCCUUGGAUGAAGAUGCUAUGUCACUUGAGAAGCGCAAAGAAGAGGCUUUCCUAGAAUGGAAGAAUGCAAGAAGAGAGGAAGUGUCUGAGUAUCAGAAACAGGUUGGGGAGCAGUAUCUUGCCAAUGUUGAGAAGGACUUGGAGAGAUGGCAGAAUGCAAGGAACGCAAGGAAAGUAAACAAUGACCAGAAUUUACAGGAAACUAUGGACAAAGAAUUGGACACUCAUAGGCUUGAGCAUGGUCCGAAGAAAAGAAAGAUCCCCGGCGGAAGCAAUAAUGAAGAUGAUGAUGAUGUGGAAGAUAUAAAUGUUGGAGAGGAUGACAUGAUGGAUGAUGAAUUAGAAGAUGAUUCUGGUAAAAGGGUUGAUGAAACAACUAAGAUGGAAGCAGAUAACACCAGUGCAGAUCCUGCUGCUGAUGCUGUUGACGGGAAGUGAUGGCUUCCCAGAACACAAUUUUCGAUUAUUCUACCAGAUAUUUGUGUUUUGUAGUUUAUCCCUUGGUACGCUAGGCUUCUAUAUUUGAACUUAUUGCCUUGGUGAUUUCUGUAUUCAAAUGAACUUUUUUACUUGUUCUCUUUGUUUUGCUGCCCUUUGGAGAAUCAGUAAUGCACAAUAUCUGUUUGGUUUGUGCCCAUAACGAGCAAACUUUGCAUAAAUUC